AUGCAGCAAGCGAACGCGUACCCGCCCGAAUCGUCUUUGCAUCAUGAGAGCAGCACGUCUAUCGAGCGCACUGAUCUACCAAAGCCCUGGGCACCAUUCCGUUUACGUCAAGAUAUAGAGUACGCUGAGACCGUAGUACAAGGGCUAAUGAGACGGAGGGUCGUCGAUAAGCAGUUGAAUGGAAUGCACAGUAACUGGAUGGUCGGGGGAUCCAAUAUUACGUCUCGCUCGAACGAUGACCUUCAAGUAUCUCUUGCGGCUGCACGGGAGUACACUCAACGGUUUGAAUGGGGGCAUGUUGAGGUUGACUACAAGGGCAAUAUGGUCCCGUUCGACUUUCCCUACCGCGACCCAAUCACCUGGAUGCGCUCGCUGCUUCAAGACGAGACACUUAGCGAAUCUAUAAUGUGGCACUCUGUUCGCAAGACUUACCACGAAAACGGGAACGAGAUUCGUAUUAUUGACGAGCCCAAUACCGCCGAUGGAUGGUGGGAUAUUGAUGACGAAUUGCCGGAGCCUGAUCCUCAUCCACAUUGUUUUGUACCUUUCCAUGUCUGGCUCGACAAGGGCAUGGUGACAAAACGAGUCAAGAAACACCCUAUCGUCCUUCGUGCAGCCUUUCUCCCGUGGAAGAUACGUAACGGCUCAGGAAACGGUGGUGGAGUGCUCCUUGGAUUCAUGCCGGAGAUUCCCGAUCCAGAUGAUCCAGAUGACCGUAAUACGCAAGAGUCCGACGAGUUUGCCUCAUUCAAACGUUCUGUAUACCAGGCUGUUCUAGGUUAUAUCUUUCAUGCACUCUUGUUACUCUCUUGUCUCGGUGAGGCCAUCAAAUGUGGCGACACGGAGAUCCGUGUCGCGCAUCCUGGGAUUUUUAUUGUAUCUCUCGACGCUGAGGAGGCGGCCAACUUCGAGUGCGUAAAACAUGCCCGAGCGAAUCAUCCAUGCCCCAACUGUCUUGUCGGCAAAUGCAACCUCCACAAGCUUAAUUCGUCCUUUGAGGUGCGGACUAUCCAGGCCAUGCGUGCCGUUCUGAGGCGUGUGGAGCUAGCGUCCACCAAGGGUGAAGCAGAGAGGCUUUUGCAAGAAUAUGGGCUUCAUGAUACUAAGCAUUUCAUGUGGGAGUAUCGCUUUACAGAUCCGUACUUGGCCUACAUGUACGAUCUGCUCCACUCUGACGACCUCGGAAAGUGGGGAAAGCAUCUGUGGCCCAAACUCCUCCAAAUUCUCAAGGAGGUUAAGCAUGGAAAGUCGAGGUUGGAGAAGAACAUGCAGAGAUUUCCUCGAUGGCCCAAGUCGAAGCAUUUCAACAAGGUUUCGGAGACGGAGUUCGCUGAUGGGCAAGCCUUCUUCGACAUUCUCAAGAACAGUGUCGUCGUUCACUGCAUCCGCGCCUACCAGCGUCUUCGGAUUAUGGCCGGCAUGCACGUCAUGACAGACGUUCUCCCGCGAUCGGGUGUUCCUCCUCACGAUGGCCCUUCGCCAACAUCGUCCCUUCAUCCGACACGCAUGGAGCGCUUGCAGCGCUUUAUCCGGGAGUAUGGGAAGCAGUGCGAUAAACUCGGCGAUCAAUAUGACAAGAACUUCAAUUUUCUCAAGCAGCAUGCCACCGUACAUCUACCCUCCAGCAUCCGGUAUGGAGGGACCACUAUAAAUUCUACGACUAGAAUAGGUGAAGGAUUCCAGCAGGAGAUUGCGCAGGCAUACAGGCUGACCAAUUGCCGAGAUACCGAAAAGCAGAUAGCACGUCACGACGAGACCGGAGAGGCGUUGGCUCAAAUCAGAAUGGCGGUCGACGAGUACGACCAAAAGCUUCAGGAAGAGAGCGAGGAUGACUCGGACUGGGAAACUGAGGAUGAAGAGGACGAGGAUGUGGAAAGCACUGUCAACCGAGAGGAAGAUGCGGCUUUGGCACGAGAAGGAGGCACUUUAGAUCAUUGGGCUCUCCGGUCUCCCUUUCGAGCUUGGACAAACUCACGCUUUCUCGAGGAUGAACUCAAAGCAACUUCUUUAGUAAAGGAUUUUCACGCCAAGCUGUGGUCUUUCCUUCAAAGGGCCGUACAUGGCGUAAAUGCUCUUGAUGCUCGGCUAUCUAUCAAAAUCCGUUCUUGCCGUGCACUCUAUUUACGCUACCAGUCCGAAGAAGAUUGGUCGGAGGCCGUCGACAUUCUUCGGUGUAGUCCCAAACAAGCACAUUCGGUUCCAAAGCCUUCCCGCACUGUGCACGCCUAA